AUGGCUCAGCUUCUACAGAACAGAUGGCACCUCCGCCGAGUCGCAGAUACCAGCGCUAAAUCAUGUCUUAUAUGCUACAAACCAUCAACGAGUGUGUUGGUUACUCCUGACAAUAAGGAUUUCUUCUACAUCUGUCCGAUCCAUCUUAAGGAUAAGAGCUUUUGUUCACCGCUUAUAGAUGAGGAAGAAGUUGCGGCGAAGAAGAAAAAGGAGGAGAUGGACCGCGAGAUUGAGAAGGUGAAGAAAGAAUACGAGGAGAGGCAACGGAGGAAAAAAGAGAAGGAGAAGGAGAAGGAGAAGGAGAAGGAGAAGGAGAAAGAGAAGGACGGCGAUAAAAAAGAGGAGAAGAAAAAGGAGACGGAUGAUAAGGAAAACAACAAAGAUGAGAAAGAGAAAGAUGAAAAGAUAAAAUAUAUACAAAAGGCCGCCGACUCUGGGAACGCUAGUACGGAUGACAUGCCUCGAAUUUAUGCACUCCACAAGAACUUCUACCAAAUGCGGGUUGAUAGACUGAAAGCUAUUGAGAAGUCAAAGAGAGAUCGUCAGCGUCUGCAGAACCCUUCGACGUUUCCAUCGGUACCGAAGACAGAUCUCUCGUAG